CCUUCGAGCCCAUCAGCUCGCGGUCUUCUUUGCCAGAUGCAUUUGUCGAGGCAAAGAUGCUAAUUCGGCCCUAUUUUAAUUUCCUCUCAUGCAACCAUUUGUCCGACGCUUUAUGUCUCUCAAACGCCCCUCCGUUAUGAAGCCGCUCAUCGCUGUCGUCGGUGCCACGGGCACGGGCAAAUCAAAGCUUGCAGUGGACCUAGCCUCGCGAUUUAACGGGGAGAUCAUCAAUGGCGAUGCCAUGCAAAUGUAUCGCGGUCUCCCUAUCAUCACCAACCAGAUCCCCGUCGAGGAGCGAAACGGUAUCCCGCACCACCUGAUUAGCUGUGUUGAGCUUGAUGAACAGCCAUGGUUCGUGGGCAGAUUCAGAAGCGAAAGUCUCCGACUCAUUGACGACAUUCACGCCAGAGGGAAAACUCCCGUUCUGGUCGGCGGUACCCAUUACUAUACACAAGCCGUCCUGUUCAAGGAUCAGCUACUUGGCGAGGAUGCCACUGCAGACGAUGCGCCGGAGGAAGCGGAAAAUCGAUUGAUGGAAGAUAACGACCCAAAGUCCUCGACUAAAUGGCCGAUUCUUGACGCUCCUACUGAGGUGGUUCUGCAGAAGCUGAGAGAAGUCGAUCCGGUCAUGGCGGAUCGAUGGCAUCCGAAUGAAGCACGCAAAAUCCGCCGCUCCCUAGAGAUCUACUUCCAGACCGGCAGGCCCGCGUCGGAGAUCUACGCGGAACAACAGCGGACGAAGCAGGCAGCCCUGGCUCGGGAUGACUCCCUUACGGGUGCCGGCCACUUGCGAUUCCCGACGAUGAUAUUUUGGGUGCACUCGGAGAAGGAGACGCUCAACACUCGACUGGACAAGAGGGUGGAUGCAAUGCUGGAGCAAGGGCUGAUGACAGAAGCCAGGCAGAUGUCGGAUUACCUCCAGGAGAAGAAAGCCCAGGGCGUCUCCGUUGACCAGAGCCGCGGCGUAUGGGUGUCUAUCGGAUACAAAGAGCUAGCACCCUAUCUCGAAGCACUAUAUGCAGGCUCGGUGGAUGAGGCCGAGCUAGAGAACCUCAAGAAAUCUGGCGUUGAGUCGAUCAAGACUGCAACGCGGCAGUAUGCCAUGUCUCAAAUCAAAUGGAUCAGAAACAAGUUAUGGCAGGCCCUUGCAGACGCAAGCUCGACCAAUCGUCUCUACCUCCUUGACAGCACCAAUGUCGACGCAUGGGAGCAGAAUAUUUCCGAGCCGUCCGAACGUCUUGUCCGCGCUCUGCUGGAAGACGAACCCACUCCCGACCCGAAAUCACUGUCAGAGCUCGCAAGGACAGUCUUGGGCGCCAAGGAGUCGCAGCCGCAGAAAGAGUCAGGAUCCGUCACAAAGUGCAGGACCUGUGACAUCUGCCACAAGACCAUGAUGGGUGAUGAGCAAUGGCAAAUACACAUCAACGGCUCAGUCCAUAGGAGAGCGCUUAAGAGCGCCGCCAAACGGGCCGCGCGUGAUGAAUAUCUACGAAAGCGACAAAAGCUGCUACACGAGGGCCAGGAAAAUGGCCCUGAAUCUCCUGCGGAGCCAGAUUUACAAAGCCCCCCGUCCCCUCAAGACAGAUAGACAAAAAAUAAAUGUCUCAGAGAAUUCCAACAGCACCGAGGUGCCUUGCAUUUAGAUGCAAAUGUAUCUGUGAGACCCUUGGGUAACUAUGUAGAGAGACACUUCAGCGCAGUGCAUGCUAGCAGACCCAUCUGCAUCUUUGCUUUCACACCGUAAAUGUUUGCAGAUAGCGGGUGCAAUCAAGACAUCAUUUGAAGAACCCAUAACAUCCGGUCGAGUUUGGUAUGGGGCUUGGCGUUUGGGGGCAGCAAAUAGAUGUCAAAUAUAAAGCAUUAUAUGCAGUGAUUGCACGGCACAUACUAGCCACUGUACUGAUCAGGUCUGUCCAGUGACCGAGUCGGUCCAGACGAUGUCGCAAGCGAAAUCCCCAUGCAUCAAGUCAAGAGGCAUGCAUACUCAUAUCUGCAGUCUUGAUAGCAGCCCUAUCACUUUUGCGCGACUGGGUGAGAACCGACAUUCUCUUUCACUGGAGUAGUCCACAG